AGGUGUGGGACAUUUUGUGUUUGCUUCUUCUCUGAUCCUUGAUGUCACCAGCUCGACACUUCCGCCGUCCACAGUGUCACUUGGUUCUCCAAGUUCCGGCGCAACUUUCUCGGAUUAAACUGCCGGCUCAGGUUUCCGGCUGAGGCUCAUACAGCGGCCGCCCUUCCCACCGCCAAUCUCCCAUCAGAUUUCGAUUGGAGAGAACACGGUGCCCUUACUCCCGUAAAGAAUCAGCUGCAACAAAUACACAAUUGAGUUUCGCUGAAGAUAUCAAGAGUUUCAUGCGGCCAUUUAAAACCAUAUAUGACAGGGAACGAAUUUUAAGCUGAAAUUUGGUGUAAAUAAUCUACACAUCAUGAAGAACAUUGUCAUUAAAUUUCAUCAAGAAAGUCCACCCGGAAGCACCUCAGACAUAGGCAGAUGGACGGUGGAUCCUGUCAGCAUAUCCACUGAAGACAUGAUCCGAGCUCUCACUAUCAAUGUGACAAAAAUGCAACAAGAUAUGUCACAAUACCCGCAAGAAACAGUGCUCAAAGAACUGAACUUGGAGAAUCAAUUGAAACAAGUGGCAAACAUUGUGAACCACAUUGGCGAGGAGGAAGAAGAAGAGGAGCUUACGGAGGGAGCUCAGCCAGAGGAAGAGAAUCUUCAUUACUCAACUCCAUCACCGGCCAUUCCUGAGAACAUGCCACCAUUUCCUGAGGCUCUAAGGGAAACAGAAAGGGUAGAGAAGGACGAAGAUAAAAUCCUCAACAAAUGUGAGGAUAAUUCAAAUGUACUUUUCGCGGUUGCAAAUAAACCGAGAGAAUAUCAUUUGGAUUUCUUUUCAUUCACCAAUAUGCAGGAAAUGACAGUGGAGUUAAGUAAAAAUUUGAUACCCCCUCUCAUGCCACCAAGAUCAAAACACUUUCCAUUGACCAUGCUAAAUGAUAAUUUCUUUCCCUCACUAUCACCACAUGAAUCAAUGAAAAUCUGGAUAUUUGAUCCUGGAAAGAUUUUCAAAGUGAAGGGUCAGAAAAUCAAGCAUUCCUAUGGAAGUCCUAGGAGUGAAAAUGUGGCGAAGAUAAACUAUCAUGAUCCCAGUUUGAACGACUGAACACAAUGAUGGCGUCGUGCCACGACGUUAACUAAGGCGUUUUUUGGGAGGCAACCCAAGCAAGGUAUGUUUACUUGUUUUAUUUAAUUUUUACACAUUUCAAAAAAAAAUGACCUGGGAUUGAACCCGGUCGGGUAUAAAACCCUACCCGGUCGGGUUACCUCUAAAAACAAAACACCCGACCAACCACCCGGGCGCGGCAAGAGCGGAACAAGAAUAAAUCAAACACCCGACCGGGUAGACCCCCAUACCCGGCCGGGCAACCCAGCAAAAGCUUUCUGCCUCGGGUGAACAGUUUACACCCGACCGGGUAGACCCCUAAACCCGGCCGGGCAACCCAACAAAAAAACAUUCUACCUCGGGUGAACAGUUUACGCCCGACCGGGUACACUACCCCACCCGGCCGGGUAUCUCAUUUUUUGGAAACCAGGCCAUUUCUCAAAAAAAAUGAAUCACCCCCCUUUGUCUUCCCUUUCGAACCACACCCCAAAUUUCCUCCAUUUCCAAAAGUCAAAAGCUUCAUAUCUCCUACAUCCAUCCACCAAUUAAACCCAUUUCAUUCAUCUCCUCUUCACCCUUUUCAUCUCCACACCCACGAAUCACCAACAAAACCUUCCAAAAGUAACAAAAAAAACACAUUCAUCUCAGACACAAGAACUAGGGACAGUGCUUUGAUUAGCUUGGGGGGAGAGUUUUAUGGAAAUACUCACAUUCAUACUCUUUAUUUUUGUAAAAAAAAAUAUUAUAAAAGCUUGUUAAGUUGAAAACCUGAAAGGGCAACUUAAGCAAAAAUAAAGCAAAAAUAAGAGUGAGUUGUGAGGAUUAAAAAGAGAAAAAUGUGGGAAGCUGGGAUGAAAACCCGAAAGGGCACCUAGGCAAAAUGAGAGAACGAGAGAAAGUAUUUUCUUUUAUUUCUACAGGAUCCUAAGGGUAACAAAAAAAAGGUUGAGGUUGAUAAAGAAAUAUGGAGUUGAACACCCUCUUUACUGUUAUAUUUUUGGGGAUAUACUUUAUGUGUUUCUAAAAAACACUCGUGGAUGUGUGUGUUGAUAUUCUUGUCAUUUUAAGGACUUCUUGGACCGGAUUUGAUUUACUCGAGACGAGUAAAGGUUUAAGUGUGGGGGUGUUUGAUGCACACUAAUUAGUAGUGCAUAAUUAUAUGUUUUUAUGUUUGAUUUAUGUUGAUUGUUUGACGUUUUAUUUAGUUUGUAAACAUUUAUGUGAUUUCAAUUGUAAUUGUAUUUUAUUCUUCAUUUAUAUGUUGUAAAGUAUAUAGUUAGGAUUUGUGGUGUUGGAAAGGAAGACUUUGAAGAGAAGAAAACAAGAAAUUUGACUGCCCAGGAGUGAAACUCGACCGGGUAGAAACCCCCACCCGGUCGGGUAAGUACUUGACCCGGUCGGGUACCUGGCCAAAGGUGUUGAAAAACACCUAUAAAUAGCACACUUUUUCUUCUCUAAAAAUCAUUCCUUCUUCCAUGCUCUUAAGCUAAGUUUAGAAUAACAUUUCUUUAUAUUUUUGUAGCUAUGUUUAGUCUCCAAAUGAGGAGCUAAACUUUCAUUCUUGGUGUUGCUCUUGAAGCUUGUUGAUUAUUAAAGUUGUGAGUUAUUUUCUUAACUUCUUUCCUUGAAUAUUAAUUAAUAGUUCUUUCCUUAAUAUCAUCUCUAUAUUAAUGCUGGGGAGUGUUGCUAAGAUGACAAUUGGUUAACAUCUCGACAUUAGUUAGAAUGAUAUUUUCUUCCUCUAUAUUAAUGUUGGGGAGUGUUGCUAUGAUGACAAUUAGUUAACAUCUUGAUAUUAAUUAUAGUAGGAUUCAUCUUCUUUAAUAAUAUUCUUCCUUGAAUAUUAAUUAAUUCCUACUCAUAUUUCAUAUUAAUAUUUUGAACAUUACUUAAAGGAUCAAUUAGUUUUGUUUCAUAUAUUAAUUAUUACUAGAAACGAUCAACGAACCGAUGGUUAAUCGUUGAUGGUUUCAUAAGUAAGUAACUUCGGUUUAUAAAUGCACGGUCGUGGUUAAUAAACUUAAGAGGGAUUAAUUUUGUUGGUUAAACCGAAACCGUUAUGUUGAGGUUAUCAAUCUCAAUUGAUUUCAUCAAGGAGUUAGAAAGAUUAAAUGCUACUAUUAAAUCGAUAUAAGGCGUUGUCCUAUAUUUGAUUAAUAGUAAGGGUUAUUAAUGAACGGUCAUUGUUAAUUACUACCCUCGAUGAAGUGGAUAUACUCCCCGAUUGAGUAUUCGAGAGGGAAUAAGUUAUAGAUAUAACAAUGAUCGACUAAAAUAUAUCACCAAGUGGAAAGUAGCAAUGCCAAGUCCUUUUUAUCUUUGAAUUAAACACAUAUAGGUUGUUCAUCUUGGUUCUUAAUUAAAUUAAAUCACUCAAUCCAAAUCCCCCCUUUUAUUUACUAAGUAUCAUAAAAAGAGAAUCAUUCCUUUCCCUGUGGAUACGAACUCUACUACUCUAUACUACAUAUAAGUGUUUAGUAUUGAAUUUAUUUUGACACACCGUGACAAAGUGCUCGUCACCGAACGUGCUCGCAAAAAGCCCCGGUGUUUAGUGUGUGAAGUACCCAAUCAGGUAUAUCAAUCACCCGAUCGGAAGUUUUCUCCAGUAGCCUCUAUUUCAUUCUUUUUAAGCAUACCCGACCAGGUAUAGAACAUACCUGACCGGGUUCUUCUCCAAACGUGCAUUUUUUUGUUUCUUUUCACCGUUUUAACCAAACCGUUAGUCACCUCGCUCUUCACACUCAAAAUAAAAUUGAACAAUGCAAAUUCAAAUCAAAUAAACAAAAUGUUCACAAAACAUGAGUUGCCUCCCAAGAAACACCUUUUUUAGUGGGAUCAUGAACAUCCCUUUUUUCAUUCUCAAAGACCUUGUUUGGCCUUGUUUCAUUUUUCUUUUUCAGCGUUUUCCAGUAAUAAGACCAGGACCUCUUGUUACCACCUCAACCGCAGGUGGUUUCAAUUCACUUUUAGUAAAUUUCAGCAAUUUCCCCCUACAAAAGACGAUUCCCUAUGCUUAAUUUUUUCUUCUUUUUCAAAAAAAAAGAAGAAAAAAAAGAAAAAAUUACUAAGGCUAGCGGGACAGAUAUUUAAUGAGCGGUUAGGAUAAAAAAAUAAAAAGAAGAAAUGUCAGUUAGGUUGAAAACCUGAACGGGCAACCUAAGCAACAAUGGCAAAAAAAUGAUGAGUGAGUCCGGGAAAAAAUGAGCGGUUAGGAUAAAAAAAUGAAAAGACUCCUAGGAAAAAUGAGAUGACGAGAGAAUUCUUCUCUGCAAGAGUUUUUUUUAUCAUAGCAGGAGGGCGUUGGAAGAAUGGAACUCAAAUCGAUCAACCAUGGAGGAAGACGAACGAAGGGCAUGAAUUUACGGUAAAAGAUGACAUUAGUGAAUGGAUGGUUGGAGACCUUGCUUGUUGGACUUUAACCGAUUUUACUCGGGACUAGUAAAAGACUAAGCAUGGGGGAGUUUGAUAAUCCCUUAGUCCCAAAUUGUUUUGUAACGGUUUUAAUGUAGUUUCUGAAUAUGUAAAUUUUAUUUUCUAAAACUAAUUUGAGUGUUGACAUUGAUCAAUUUGCUUUAUCAUCAGUCAAAUGUAAACCAUAAAGUGUUUAGAAAUUGGGACGGAGGGAGUAUGUAAACCAAUUUGAGUGUUGUCAUUUUAUUAUUGUUUGAUUGUUGUUUUUAAUUAUUUAGUUUAGUUUGUGAUGUACUCUUUAGAUUUAUUUUAGAGGUUGUAAUUUCUAUUAUUAGUGUGUAUUUUGUUGUAAGUACCAAAAGGGAUGCAAAGGAGUAUUAUAGGUACCAAAGAACGGCAAGAUGAACGGUGAAAAUAAAUUCUGGUAGCAAACCCGGUCAUGCUAGAACACAACCCAGUCGGGUUGGAAGUGCCAUAUGUUAGGAAACGAGCUACGAACAUGCAUCUCAUGCUUGAUACGAAGCAAAAACAUUUACAAAAGGAUCUAUACUAUUCCAUGAAUUUCAAUUGCUAAUAAGCAAUAUAGUUUGCAAUAAAUCAAGAAACUUAUCA